AUGGCUGCUGGCGGUCGCCGCCCGGCGGUAACUCUGCCGGCGGUGCUCAUCCUCGUAUGCGUGCUGGUGGCCACGGCGCCCGGGCUCCAAAUGCUCCUUGACGAGGACCCAAGUACGUACCCCGACAGUAGGCCGAGGGAGUUCUGGUACCGGCGCGGAGAAGUGGUCGUCAUCGAUCUAGGCAACACCAACUCUUGCGUCGCCGGCUACACCGGCUCCGGCAAGACGACCGACGACGACACCAUGUUCCAGUUCUGCAUCCCCUCCUGGGUCGCCUUCACCGACAACGGCACUUCCCUCGUCGGCGAGGCCGCCAAGAACCACGCCGCCGCCAACCCCGAGGCCACCAUCUUCGGUUUCAAACGCUUGCUCGGGCUAAGGCGAAACCGCUGGUACGACGAGGACAUCGUGCAGGGAGCCAUCCAGCGCGUGCCGUACAAGAUCGGUACAAGAGAUUACGACACGGCGAUCGUCCAAGUGACGGCCAGCGAUGGUUCAGUCAAGCAGCUCGAGUUCAGCGAGGUCGCGUCCAUGGUAGUGGCUGAGCUCAAGAACAAGGCCGAGGAGUACCUCGGCCGCACGGUCGAGUACGCCGUCAUGACCAUCCCGCAGCAUUUCGCCGUGGCACACAGCGGGCGGCUGAGAGACGAUUUUGACGACAGGGUCGUGGACUACUUCGCCAAGCGCAUCAAGCUGAAGCACGGAGUGGAUAUCAGUCAGGACAGGAUCGGUCUAGGCAAAUUGAGGGCGGCAUGUGAGAAUGCCAAGAAGGCAUUGAGCAGUCAAGAUCAUGUCCAGGUGAUUGUUGAGUCCCUCGUUGAUGGUGUCGAUUUCUCGGAGCCGCUCUCACGGUCGGAGUUUGAGGAACUGAAUGAUGAUCUGUUCCGCAAAGUCAUGAACUUGGUGGAAACAGCCAUGGUGAACAGAGGUGGUAUAAAGUGGAGCAAGAGCAAGAUCGGUGAGAUUGUUAUGGUCGGUGGGAGUGCCGUGAUACCCAGGAUUCAAAACCUCGUCAGGGAUUACUUUGAUGGAAGGGAGCCUAACAUACGGAGGAAACCGGAUGAAGCGAUGGCUCUUGGAGCUGCACUUUACGUCCAUUCUCUUUAG